AUGCGAGCUCGUAUUCACGAGGCGGGCUCGCUGCCCCUCGUCUGCCGUCUGACUGUUCGCGUGCGUUCCGUCGCAAAGGAUCCCGAAGUUAGAGACUAUGGGAUGUCGACACACUCACAGUACCCUUUCUCGCUGCCAUCCUAUUGUUCUGGCCUCGACGAUGGAAGCUUCUGCCAGCGAGAGCUGAAGGAGGAGUCCCGAUCGUGGCGAUCUGAGAAAUAUGCGCCCGUGUCGAAUGUUAUGGUCCUGGAACAUGAUCAUGGCGUGGGGACAGCCAGUAACUGUGACGAUGCUGAGAUAGACCGACUGUUAGCUGCAGAGCACCAUCCCCAGCUCCGGAUUAUCCUACUGCAGCCGACCCCACAGGAGCGACUACUCCAAACCAUAGAUGAUCCUGCGGUUUUGAAGGCACUGCUCACCAACGAACUCAUCAGCGAUAGAGUCAACGAGCCAGCGGAAGAGAAGUCGCUCAAACAGGGCGAAGAAGACGUCCCAUCGCAGCUCAACAUCACGCGAAACUGUCUUCUGAAGAUCCUCACACGGUAUGACAUUGCGCCCGCAGCAGCGUCUCAUAUCCGUGGCCAGGAACAGAUCUUUGGUUCUCGACAGCUGCGCGAUGAGAACGGUGCGAUGCGCUCUUUCGAAUUCUGGUACGCGAUCCGAGCCAGAGCCUACGUCCGAAGACUGGGCAAGGAAGCGGAUCUCAAAAUGACGAUCGUCACGCGAUAUGACGCGCAAUCGCAAUCGACGCUCGUGCUGCUCAAGUACCGAUCGUUCAACGACCUCCCCCAGCGCCUCCACGAGGAGCUGGUCGAGAACCUGAAAGCGUUCGUCCAGGAGCCCAACACGGCCACCCUCGUGAAGAAUCCCUUCAUCACCUCCGUCAUGCAUUUCAAUCCGACCAUCCAAUACUUCCGGCGGGCGGCACGCGAGCCGCGCGACACGAUUCGCGACGAGGAAGCCCGAGUGCACGGGGGCAUGGACGAAUUUGCUCGGAUCGACCUGCACAAGCUCCAUCUGACCCUAACAAGUCUCGACCAGGACAAGAUCCAGAUGAGUUUCAUUCUCGGGGUGAUCGCGCGGCUGCGCAUCCAGCACGAGACGUUCCAGACCCUGGUGGAGGGCAAAGGGAGCCUCCAAGAGCGCGACUGGCUUUAUUUCCGGAUGGAAGAAGAGUUCGAUCGCUUUGAAAAUCAGAUCGCCUACUUCAAGUCGUCGGUGGAGGAUGUCGCGCGGCGCGUGGAACGCUUGCUCGAGCUGCUGUUCAACAUGAGCUCGCGGAUCAACACGCAGUCCAGCACCAAGAUGACUAAGUAUGCGAUGCACGAAAGUGCGUCCAUGAGUACUAUCUCCGUGGUGACCAUGCUGUUUCUACCUGGAACGUUCAUUGCAACCAUACUAGGUACCAACAUCAUCGCCGGACCAUCUCGCUCGGAAGGAGACUCCCCCGCGCAUCCCGAAUUGUACAUCUCCUCGCAGUGGUGGAUCCUCCUAGUCCUGACGGUCUCAUUGACUAUCAUAACAAUGGGCGGCUGGUAUAUGCUGCGCAGAAAAACAGCCCGGUCGAUCGAACACAUGAUCUCUGCUCAAAAUGCAGUUUAA